CUAGGGGCGGAGCCGCGUCACGUGCCGGGAAGAAAGAGCCCGAGGCACACCGGGCGCGGGGCGUGGGGCGGAACGGCCAUGGCAGCUCCGGAACCGCUGUCCCCCGCGGGCGGCGCGGGCGAGGAGGCGCCGGAUGAAGACGAGGACGAGGCGGAGGCCGAGGACCCGGAGCGGCCAGGGGCAUCGGGAGGCGCGCGCGGCGGCGGAGGCGGCGGCGGGGCGGGACCGGGGAGCUGCGGUGGGCCAGGGGGCGCGCUCACUAGGCGCGCGGUCACGCUGCGGGUGCUCCUCAAAGACGCGCUGCUGGAGCCGGGCGCCGGAGUGCUGUCCAUCUAUUACCUGGGGAAGAAGUUCGUGGGAGACCUGCAGCCUGAUGGAAGGAUUGUGUGGCAGGAAACAGGCCAGGUGUUCAACUCACCCAGCGCCUGGGCCACCCAUUGCAAGAAGCUGGUGAACCCGGCCAAGAAGUCUGGCUGUGGCUGGGCCUCUGUCAAAUACAAGGGCCAGAAACUGGACAAGUACAAAGCUGCUUGGCUCCGGCGAAACCAGCUCCAUAUGACUGCAACUGCCGCUGAUGAGAGCCCGGCCAGCGAAGUAGAGGAGGAGGAGCCGCUGAUAGAGGAAGAGGAGGAGGAGGUUCUGACAGCAGCCUCAGCGGAGGACAAGAGUAGGAGACCACAAGGGAAGGGCCCCUCGGAGCCUGUCCACUCGGAGGCCACGCCCCCAGGGAAAAGGGUGGAAAACAAGAUCCGGGUGCCGGUGCGCUACUGCAUGCUGGGAAGUCGUGACUCGGCCAGGAACCCGCGCACCCUGGUGGAAGUAACGUCUUUCGCAGCUAUCAACAAGUUCCAGCCAUUCAACGUGGCCGUCUCCAGCAACGUGCUGUUCCUGGUGGACUUCCACAGCCACCUGACACGCAGCCAGGUCGUGGGGUACCUGGGGGGCCGCUGGGACAUCAACAGUCAGAUGCUCACGGUGGUUAGAGCCUUCCCCUGUCGGAGCCGGCUCGGGGACGCGGAGACCGCGGCCACCGUGGAAGAGGAGAUCUACCAGAGCCUGCUCCUGCGCGGCCUGUCCCUGGUAGGCUGGUACCACAGCCACCCGCAGAGCCCGGCGCUACCGUCGCUGCAGGACAUCGACGCGCAGAUGGACUACCAGCUACGGCUGCAGGGCUCCAGCAACGGUUUCCAGCCCUGCCUCGCCCUGCUCUGCUCUCCUUACUACUCUGGCAACCCCAGCCCAGAGUCCAAGAUCUCACCCUUCUGGGUGAUGCCGCCCCCUGAGCAAAGGCCCAGUGACUACGGCAUCCCCAUGGACGUGGAAAUGGCCUAUGUCCAGGACAACUUCCUGACUAAUGACAUCCUCCAUGAGAUGAUGCUGCUGGUGGAGUUCUACAAGGGUGCCCCUGACCUUGUGAGGUUCCAGGAGACCUGGAACCAGGAGCACACCUACCUGGACAAGCUGAAGAUCUCCCUGGCCAGCAGGAUGCCCAAGGACCAGGGCCUAGGCCACAUGCUGGAGCAGGUUUACAGCCUCCUCAAGCAGGGGAACUGAGGGAACCAGUCUCCAAAGACAGGAGAGGGCUCUGAUCAGACGUGGCCCCUGCGCCUCUGGGUGAGGGGAUGGGUUCAGGGCUUCUGUGCUGUUUGUCCUGUGUGGCUGACUGUGACAGCAGGGGCUCAGAUUAUAUAAUAAAGGAGAAACGGGCCA